GGGGCCGGUGCUGCGGGCCGCGCUGGAUGCGGCGCUGCAGCAGCUGGUGCGUAUGAAAUCGUUCUUCGAGGAGACCUUCCGGUUCGCGAAGAGCAUUGUUGCGAAAGCGCUGCAGUCCAUGGUGAACUUGGUCUGGAAUCUGUUCUUCAAAAAGCAAGAUUUCGUCGCGGAAAAGAUUGUCGCGGAGCUGCGAAGGGGGGAAGAAGAAGAUUCGCCUCAUGCUGCUACAUCGACAAGCAGCCGACAACUGGAUUCAAGAACACCUUCUACCGCUGCGACCGCGAAGGGGACGGGACAAGAAUCGGAAGGGGGACAAGAGCAACAGGUUGCAAGAAAUUCUGACUCAGCUAAGCUCGCUGCGAAUCUGGAACAUUUGAAGGAUACGAAGGAGCUGGAAGAGCUAGAUGACUUUCUGGACGCACGGUCUACUACUUCUUCGGGGGAGGAUGGCUUUACUCCUGGUCGUGCUGGCGAUCGUGCAGCAGUUUCAACUAGCUCUGCUUUCCUGGAACGGAAGGACCGCAAGAGCGAAAGUAUUGUUUAUCCCCAAGAUUUUUUCGAGAGGUGGACGACUUCUCCGUCCUCCUACUUGCGAUUGGUGAUGCUGGCAAAAGCUGACGCCGAGGAUAUUGUGCGUGCUGGCGGCAAGGGGGAUAACUCGAAGCCACCAGCAAAUAACGCAUCUACUAGACGAAAGGCGGACGAAUCGAGCAAGAAAUCUUCGCGUUCGCGACGAGCACCUGGAGGUAAAAAAGGGAACACUUCAAACUCUGCGGCCACUACUUCGAGAAACAAAAAAUCCAAGAAACCUUCAGCAGCAGAAUCAAGCAAGGGUUCGAGUUCUAGCAGUACGAGAAAUCGGAGUUCCAAAGCAAGUACCACUAGUAGGCGUAACACUAGCAGCUCGUCGAAAGCACAGCCAGACGAUGCUGGUUCGGCAGGUGGUAGCAAGAACACGGGGAAAACCGCCUCGAGAAGCAGCAAGUCCGGUCGGCGAAGUGCUGGCUCCAGUUCUACUUCCACUCGUGCUGGAAGUAGCAAAAGCUCCCAGAGAAGUAGGAAAGGAGACAAGGAAGAUGAAACCGCGCCUAAGACAACGUCAAAGCCUGUUUCAACUACAUCUGCCUCUCGUCCCACGGCAAAAGCGAUAGUUGUACGGGAUGAAGAUGCAGGAGCAAGAAACGUAUCUCCAGCGGACUCGUCGGAAGGGGCGAAAGGAGAUACCCGCCCUUCAAUUAGCGAUAGAAGUGAUACAACUGGUGCGGAAAGUGGUAGCGCUUCCUCCAAACAGAAUAAAGAGCAUAGCAAAGAGCAGCCAGAGGUGGAGCAGUCAACGUCGACGUUGCGGAAAAACCAACUACCGGCACUACCAGUUUCACAAGAUCGUGCAUCAGGAACAAUAAAGAGCAGCAUGAAAAACAACACGACAACUACUGGGACAUCCGCCGAUGAUACUACAACACCUCCCAUUCCGUCCCAUAAUUCCACCUUCUCCAACUACCUCGCCGCGCUCCACCAGUUUAACAUCUACUCCAAGCUGAAAACCGCGAUUUCAGAAUUAUCCCCCAACUCCCUCACCGGCACCGUUCGGUUCCUGAUUGUGCAAACCUUCCGGGCCGGUCUGAUCGCGCUGGUGUGCGACUUCCUCGCGCUCAUCCUUUCCGCCGCGGUGGCUACGAGCGGCUUGUCCGGGCCGAUUUUGGGCGUCACGUUUUCCAUUCUGAUACCGGGCGUGGUGACGAUUUUGCUUCAGAACCCGGUGUUGCUGGAGAAAGUGGAAACAUUUCUGCAAAACGCGUUCGACGACAGCGUGCAGCUGUUUUACGACCUGGGAAGAAACUUCGUGGACAUGGUGCGGGCUAGCAUGGAAAGUUUAUGGAAGAAUGUGGUGCGAAAUGUGCAAGAAGUGUUGGAGCGGUUCGGAGGUGGCGGGAAGGUAACGAGUCGCGCACGGUGGGAUUUUUCCACCGGGACGUUGAGUACUACAGGACGAGGUGAGGUGGGAGAGAGGGGCAACGACGGAACAUCAAACUCCAGCUUUGUGGAGCGAGUAGAAGAAGGAACGCAAUGAGGAAAUCAGGUAGAAAUAGACGACAAAGAACGAAUGCAAUAAUGUGAUGAAUCAAAUGCCCUCUUGUUUGAGGGAAGCAGUACUACGUCCUUGAAUGGAUGUUGCGCUUUGAUUGGUCGUUUUGCCAUUCCUGACCGCUCGUCCCGAGAGAAACAAGACUUCCACUUCAGAUUAAGUAUCGAACCAGGCUCCUGUACCGCUACAACUUUUCACCUCGCACGAAGAGUACUCCCCGCAGUGUGGAGACUACGAGACGACGGGGCUCUCGGAGAAGGGGGCGACGUUACAGUUUGACUAUCUUAGAAGCGUUGGAGGCGACGUAUGGCUACAACAGCUAAAGAGGACGCCUGCACCGUGUUCAGAGCGCAGUAUGAAUAAUGUCCUUGCGAUUUUUUUGCCCGGCGGGAACCUCGGACCGGCCGAUUGUCUCUUGGGUCCGCGCUGCUUCGAGGCCGCAACCUCGAGCCCACUACAACCGAUACUGGGUAACUUCGCGAAGCACCCUGUAUCCGAGCAAGAAACCAGCUGCGCGAAGGUGUGUUGAACAACUUCUGCCGUAGAGAAUAGUAAGUAUGUAAGUUCUAGUUCUCGUUCCAGAAAUGAAGAUGUACCUGGUAGAAGUACUUCCAAACGCUGGAUUUUUCUGUGUAGUAUCUAUCAGUACAACUGAAGCAGUGCUAUUGAGUCGUCAUCCAUCAUCAUGUUCGUCGAUAUUCGAAAGAAGCUAAGAGUCCGUGUAGUAGAGGGCUCUUGUAAGGCAGAAGAAGAAGUUCUCUCAGUGCACGACCUCUCUUUUUUCUUGCAUACCCGAAAGUAUCGCCAGCAGCUGGAAAAGGAAACGCACACGCAAUGCAAGGUAUUCGUGAAAUCACAAUUUUGGUACUGUUCUUUCUGAACAAUCUGAUUUGAUACGAUCUUGGGAAGUUGACAGCAACAUGAUCGACUCCAGCUUUGUGGAUGCGCUAGGGGCAACGACGGACCAUCGAACUCCAGCUUUGUGGAGCGAGUAGAAGUAGGGGGAAUGGAAUGAGGAAAUCAAGAAAUAAACGACGAAGAGAUCAUUCAAGGAUGCCUGUGGCAAUCAAUAAAACCCGUCUUUUUUGAGGCAAGCAGUAUUAACGCUGUAGUCUUGUUGUAGUACGUUGUUGAUAAGUAAUGGAUGUUGUGUAU